AUGGCUACGUUCGCCGCCGCAACUGUUUCCCUUCCAGGGCGCGUUGCCGGAACUCGGCGGUGUGUGGUGGCGCGGGCGUCUGCGACGAUGGCGGUGGCCGGGAGGACGCACUACGAGGUGCUCGGGCUGGGCGCGGGGGCCAGCAGGGAGGAGAUCAAGGCGGCGUACCGGCGUCUUGCCAGGGACGUGCACCCGGACACUGCCGGUGGAGGUGGCGACGAGGACUUCAUCCGGCUGCACGCGGCUUACGCCACGCUGGCCGACCUCGAUGAGCGCGCGCGCUACGACCGGGACGUGGCCGGCCGCGCGGCGGGGACCAUGAUGAGGCGGGCUGGGUCGACGGGGCCAGCAUUCCGGCGGAGGACGUGGGAGACGGACCAGUGCUGGUAG